AUGUCAUUCCUCCUCCGCCCCACGCUGCGCACCCCCGCGCUCUCCGCGACCCGCGCCUUCUCCAGCACCCGCGCCUCGCAGCUCGCCAAAAUGACCGUCGUCGGCCGCCUCGGCACCGCGCCGGAGGAAGUACAGGUCUCCGGGGACCGCACGCUUGUGCGCUACGUCGUGGGCACCAACUAUGGAAAGGGCGAGAAGCAGAAGACGAGCUGGUUUCGCGUGGCGAGCUUUGUCGAGGGCGCGCAGAAGGAGUAUCUGCUGAGUGUGCCGAAGGGAUCGCUACUGUAUGUCGAGGCUGAUGCGCGUAUGGAGACUUAUGAGGAUAAGGAGACGGGUGCGCCGAGGUCGAAUUUGAGUUUGAUCGCGAGGAACUUCGACGUUCUUCAGCGUCCUCGUAAUGAGAGUGUUGAGACGAAUGAUGAGGGGCUUGUGCAGGAAGGCUCUCGAUAGAGGGCACGAUGAUCCGUUUAGACAGGAAAGAUGUGAAUGGACGAUUAGGUGAUCACUUUCUUCGGUGCUGGAGGACUUCUUGAGAGACAGGUUUACGUGUCGCUCGGUGUAUAACUACUUGCGGAGUUUUCU